CGUUUCAUAAACAAAAGAAGCGAAAAGAGAAAUUGAUCAAUACUCUCUUCCUUACUUCAUUUCCAACGUUCAGAGAAAGGAAUUCAAAUCCCUAACUCUAACCCUAACCUCUAUACUCUCACUAGUCCAACCACCGUGAUGUGUAAUCUUCCGCUAGAGAUAAUCACCGACAUACUCUCCCGAUUACCAGUGAAAUCCCUAGUAAGAUUUCAAUGCGUUUCCAAGGAAUGGCACUCGCUAAUCAACGGCCAAGAUUUCAUCAAGCUGCACCUCCACCGCUCCUUCAAGUCCAACACAGAUCGCACCCUCAUCGUCCAGGAACAAAACGCCGGUAUUCCCUUUGAUUUCUUCUCAGUCAGUUUCCAUGACGAGAAUCGCUUCGGCAAGCGUUUGGAAAUUUACCAGCCACUGCAUUGUUCAAAUACGUCCACCGACAUCAUGGGCUGUUGCGACGGUUUGGUUUGCAUUUACAAUCAAUGGGGCGAAGUGAUCGCGAUUUGGAAUCCAUUGAUAAGGAAAUAUAGGAAAUUGCCUCGCGAGCCAAUUGAGAAACCUUCUGGUUUUUCAAAUUCUUGGCCUAUUAGUUUAGCAUUCGGGUAUGAUUCACAUAAUGAUGACUAUAAGGUGUUGAGGGUUGUAAGCUUUUUUAACAUGGGCACUCCCGGAACGGAGUUUGAAGUUAAGUUGUGUAGUCUUAGGUUGCAGCGUUGGAAAAAAAUUGAAGAUCAAUGGCCAAACAAGGAAUGGUCGAUAUGUUCUGACUCGUUGUUCUUGAAUGGAGCUUUGCAUUGGUUAGUAGCUGUGAAUGGGCAGAAUCCGGAAAAUAUUGUUGCUUUCGAUCUCGCCACGGAGAAAUUCCGGGUCAUUACAACGCCACUUAAAGCAGCCACUUCUUGUUUGACAUGUUUGGAAGUAUUGGAAGGACAGCUCUGUUUUAUUGUGAUUGUUGAUGAGAUGUAUAAUGAUGUUUGGUUGAUGAAAGAAUAUGGGGAAGAGAGUUCCUGGACUUGGAUUUAUAAGAUUGAGCAAGGUGUAGUGGGUUCAACUUUUGAGUAUUGCAAGCCUCUAAUGUGUUCCAAGAAUAAUGGGAAGAAGAUUCUGACGGAGGAGUGCCAUAGGUAUCGUACUUAUCUUAUUUGGUAUGACAUAGAAAAGAAAACACGCAAGAGGGUUAAGAUUCGUAAGCUUCCGGCAAUGUUUCAGACGGCAACUUGUAUAGGGAGUCUUCUUUUGCUUGAUGGUGAUAAUGUGACUGAUCCAACACAAAAGAACAAUAGGAAUCAAAGUCCAUCAGAGGGUCUUAAUCUGUUGGUGAAAGGAGUGAUUGAUUAAUAAAUGAAACACAAGAACGAUAAAGAGCAUGCUGGAUAAAAUCUUUUGUUUUUAUAAAGAAUUUGCUAGAGAGUAUGCUGGUGGAGGAAUGAGAAUGGCUAUCAAUUGUAUGCCUAUAAUAUGGCACAAGUAUUGACAAGUCUUUACAGUCUUUGUUUCCUUUGAUGGAGUUUGUUCUUCUCUGUCACCAAAUCUGACACUUAAUCAUUUAGUGGAGAUAAUAGCUUACAACUGCAAGGUAAGGGUUAUUGGUUGGUAUUGGAAUCAUAGCUAGUUAAGUUCAAAUUUUCAUGUUUUUGCAACUCUUUAUCUUUAGAAUGGUUCAAAAUUGAUUUCAAUGUUGCUUGAUAUAAAUGGAGGAUGAUUGUGUUCUGUACCACUAGAAGUCUUUUGGAUAGAACCUAGAAGUAGGUCUUUGUGUAGGGGCUCAAUUUGCUGAUGUCAAAGGUACCAUGUUUACAACUUUGACAUCUCACUACAGUGUGAGCAGGCUAUCACUAAUGUUUUAGUGAUGGUUUUCUUUAUGUAAGGAGGCUUCUUAUAAAUAGACAUGGUUAACCCC